UUGGAGAGUAGAGAGAAGAAUUCAUUGUUAAACUAAAAGUUAAACAGUCCCCAUCAUCCAAAGCGAGCCGGUCAACAAACACACUUCACUUUUCAGAGUUCAGAGUUCAGACCCUUCACUUCCCUUCCUUUUCUCUUUCAUAAAAAAACCCACUUGUGAAAAGCUCUAACUUCAACAAUGAAGGAAUCAUCACAUUCCAUUGUUGAAUCAAGAGAAGAAUUUAUGAUUUCACCGGCAAGUCAAGAAAACCCCAUUUUCAGAAAAGCCCAUUUUCUAAAACCCUCCAUAACUUCCAACCUUGAAAGAUCUUCACUUUCUCUCCCUUCUCUACCACCCACUUUUGAUCCCCAGAACUGGCCUUUGAGUGUUAACUUUCAUGGAUGGAGACAUCCACAAAGGAAAUGGUCUGCAUGGGUCAGAAAAAUGGCUUCUUUCCAUAAGCCCACUUGGAAAAAAGCUGGUAUAUAUGAAGCAAUCUUGAAUUCUACUUAUCAAAUCCUUAAAAAUAAUUUAAAUAAUGAUUUAAUUCUAGGGGUUGCAGAAAGAUGGUGCCCUGAAACGAAAUCGUUCAUUUUUGCUUGGGGUGAGGCCACAAUUACACUAGAGGAUAUGAUAAUUUCAGGGUACUCUGUUUUAGGGUCCCCUGUUUUUAACCCCAAUGAAACAGAGGAAUUGAAGGGAGUUAAAGAGAAAUUGGUCCAAGCAAGAGUGGAGAUAGUGAGGACCAGUGCUAAGAAGGCAUGUCAGUAUCUUUGGUUGAAUAAAUUCAUGGAUAGUGGUAGUGAAAUAGAGCAUGAAGCUUUUCUUUCCUUGUGGUUAUCAAGGUUUGUUUUGUCUACUUCUUUUGAUGUUAUCUGUGAAUGCAUUUUUCCAAUUGCAGUUCAUUUGGCUAGAGGUACUAGGCUUGCUUUAGCACCUGCUGUUCUUGCUAGCAUUUAUAGAGAUUUGAGCAUAUUGAAAGAAUGUAUAGUUUCUUUUACUACAUUAGCUGCUGAUAAGGGUAGUGAGGCCAAAGAUGAUAAUAAAUCAAACUUGGCUGUUACAAUUUUUUCUCCAUUUCAGUUAGUUUUGGUUUGGGUUUGGGAGAGAUUUGUGAAACUUAGACCAAAGCCUAAUUUGAUCAAGAAUGGUGAGCCGAGAUUAGCCAUAUGGAACAACCUAAAAUGCAAAAGUGGGCAGUGUGGCAAUGAGAAUGUGAGGUUGAACUUAGACGACUCGUCUAAAGAAAGUUUCAAAUGGCGCCCUUAUACGAAAAUUGUGGAGAAUUGGGACAUACCUAAGUUUUACAGGGAGCAGGAAAUGUGGGUGUCAAUGAAUUCGGAUUUGGAUGAAGAAUUACUGUCAUUUAUUCGAUGUUUGAGGGUAUCUGAGCUAGUUGGAAUUGAAUGCACAGAACAGUAUCUUCCACAUAGAGUUGCGAGGCAGUUUGGAAUUGAUCAAGAUGUUCCAGGUUCUGUUCCUCGAUCUAAUGAGAGUCUUGAGGUUGCUUGGUGUUGUUACAGUAGACGAAUUAGUGAUGUAAAAUGUUACAUUCCCUCUCGUUUUGUUGAGACAGAUGUUACCACCCGUUACUUGGAAUGGUGGAACCGUUCUGUAUCGACUCCACAAGACACAAGUAAAAGUGUUGUGCAACAGAGGAAGAGUUCCACUUGUUUCAGAAAAACUGCCGAAGUGUCAAAAGGGAAGCAGGUAAAAAAUUUUGUUAGUAGUUUUAAAACAAGACCAAAAAGUCUCGAAGAAAAGAAAGCGGCUAAUAAUGUUAAGAGGUUAAAAGCAUCAACAAAGACUUCUGAAGUAAUGAAGAAAGAUGAGUUCAUCUCAAGCUUUAUAAUAACGCCAAAAGAUUCAAAGAGAGCAGGGAACAAUGAAAUUCUUAUCUCAAGUUUUAAGAUAACACCGAAGAAAGCAAAAGAGAAUAAGGAAGACAGCAGUGACUUUGUUAACUAUGGUUCUCCACCGAGCAGCUCUAAAAUAUUUCCUCAGAUAUUAAAACGAAAGAAAGUUGUAGAUAGCUCGGUUGCCCUUGGCAGUCCGGCAAAGCAAUCAAAAACCUCGAUAUAUAGUUCAAGGAGAAACAAUGAAGAGUAUGGAGAGUCUGGUUCUCCUAGUUGUGCUUCUAAGACUCUGGCUGAAAUUAACAAUCUUCCUGUUCCUCCUGGAUUUCCUCCGAAAUGUCGUAGUAUUGAAGCAAGUGGCCCUAGUGAGGAAAAUGAUGACCUGACAAUCACUCAGAUGCUCAAUUUGUGUGAGAAGCAUGAUUUUUCUAAACAUGGGCAGUGUAGCAACGAGAAGAGUUUAUCAGGUAAAUGUCAAAGCCAUUCAUCUGAAAGUAACAAUGAGGCUGCCAAAACUUCAGUACUUGAAGCAUCAGAGGAAAGGAAUUUAAACACUGAAGCCGUCGAGAAUGGAAAGGGUGGCGAUUGCGAAAAUGCAAGAGCUCAAUCCCUGAGUCCUCUAUCUUCCACAGCAGAUAAUGGGGCUCUGAACUUUUUGGAACCAGUGACAUCAGUGGAAAAGAUGAAGCAUAGUGAAGCAGCUGAGAAUAGACAUGAUAGCAAUUGUAAUGGCAAUGGUGAAAAUGCAUCCAGUCAAUUAGGUCAAUCUCAGAAUCAUUCAUCAUCAAGUGAAGGCAAUGAGACUUCUAAAAAUUUGGAGAAGCAAGUAAUAUCAGCAGAAAAGGUUACAACAGAAUAUGCUAAUGAUAGCAGGGCAGGCAGCCAGGCUCAUAAAACGGACAACAUUACUGAGAAUGAAGAAGGAUGCAGUAGAUAUUCAUUUGAUGCACUGGAAGUGAAGCUCGAAGCUCGAAUUAGGAGGCUUGAGAGGAUAAUGGCAGAGCGCAAAGCAGUAAUGUUCUGACGAGUAUAUGCUGACCGCAGGAAGUCAUAGUGAAGUCACUGGAAUUCAUGACAUUUCCUCUUACAUCAUAACUAUGGUUGCCUGCUUUCUCAAAAAAACAUAACUGUGGCUGCCUGCCUGCCUGCUUGAACUGAUAAAUAAAGUUGGUUCAAGAACAGUGCAAGAUAAUAGUGGCACUAUAGAAAGUAUUUUACUUUGUUUCUAAUGAAUCCUAAUAUCUCCUUCCUUCUAAUCUUGCAAUGUAAUUAUGCAAUAUGUACUACUAGUUAUUAUAAUUAAAAAAUAAUUAUUUAUUAGAAUAGUUAUAUCAA